GGCUCGGCGGGCCGGCGGGCGGGCGGCGUCUCUGCCCCGCGGGCGUGCAGGGGAAGCAGCGGCGCCAUGAGCGGCCCGGAGCAGCAGGGGGCCAAGGAGCGGCUCCUCUGGAACGUCAAGAAGGAGGUGAAACAGAUCAUGGAAGAGGCCGUCACCCGGAAAUUUGUGCACGAGGACAGCAGCCACAUCAUUGCGCUGUGUGGAGUAGUUGAAGCAUGCCUUCUGCACAUGCUCAAACGACGGGCCGCUGGCUUUCUGCGGACUGACAAGAUUGCUGCCCUCUUCACCAAGGUUGGCAAGACGUACGAUGUGGCGGAUGAGAUAUGCAGGAAAGUGCAGGACCUGCUGCAGCAAGUCGAUGGCAGAUGUGAGCUGCAUCUGAGCCCCCGCGGGACAGGGCUGAAAGACGACAUGGAGGCCCUCCCCGGCUACCUCUCCCUUCAUCAGUCCACCGAUUCUUUGACUUUAAAAUGGACGCCAAACCAGCUCAUGAAUGGGACUCUGGGAGAUUCGGAGCUUGAGAAAAGCGUCUACUGGGAUUAUGCCUUGAUUGUCCCCUUCAGCCAGAUUGUCUGCAUCCACUGCCACCAACAACCAGAAAGAGGUGGUAUCUUGGUGCUGGUGAGCCAGGAUGGCAUCCAGAGACCCCCCCUUCAUUUCCCACCUGGGGGACACCUCCUCGCCUUCCUCUCCUGCCUCGAGAAUGGCCUCUUGCCUCGUGGACAGCUGGAGCCUCCCCUGUGGUCGCAACAGGGAAAGGGCAAAGUUUUCCCAAAGCUUCGGAAACGGAACAGCCACAACAGGUCUGUGGAUCUGGAAGAACUGCCUGUGGUGGCAGCUGCUACUGAUUAUGUCUUCAGAAUUAUUUACCCGGGGCACAGACAUGAAAACAUAACUAUUAACUACCACCACUUAGCUGCCAGCCGCUCUACCUCCGUCGACGAUGACGAGGAGGAAGAAGAUAAGCUGCACGCAAUGCUAUCCAUGAUCUGCUCUCGGAACCUCACAGAUCCUAAAAGGAUGAAAGAUGUUGCCGAUGCGGUGGAGAUCCAGGGAUUCGGCACCAGCUUGUUGCCAUGGCAGCUGGAGCCCUGCAGCCAAGGGUCCUCGUGCCUGUCGUGUUCAACAAGCAGCUCUCCCUACGACCUGCCCAGCUGCUGCAGCUGCAUCCACGACAGAACCCCUCUGAAAAUGCUGUGCGAAAGUAUGAAGAGGCAAAUUGUUUCCAGAGCUUUUUAUGGCUGGCUUGCCUAUUGCCGCCAUUUGUCCACAGUGCGAAUGCACUUGUCUGCUCUGGUGAAUCACACCAUUAUCCCGCCCGACAAACCCACAGAUGCUUCAGGAGGCCUGACCAAAGAGGGGUGGAGCAAAUAUCAGAAGGACAAGAAGAAUUACAAGGAAUUGGAGCUGCUCCGACGGGUGUACUAUGGUGGGGUGCAGCAUGAAAUCCGGAAGGACGUGUGGCCCUUCUUACUGGGGCACUAUAAGUUCGGCAUGACCAAGAAGGAGAUGGAUCGGGUGGACGAGGAAAUGACCCUCCAGUACGCCAAGGUCAUGGCUGAGUGGAAGGCCUGCGAGAGGAUUGUGAAGCUGCGGGAGAAGGAGUCCCAAACGGCCACCAAGUUCUCCUCCGGCAGCAGCAUCGACAGCCACGUGCAGCGGCUGAUCCACAGGGACUCCACCAUCAGCAAUGACGUCUUUAUGUCUGUGGAGGAAAUGGACUCUGUGGCACGAGAGUUGAAACCCCUGGCGGAGCCGUCUUUGCCGGGAGGGAGCGUUGAUGCGCCCACAGUGGUAGCCGUGCUGGAGCAGCAGCCCUCCGUGGAAUUCGACUCUCCGGACUCCGGACUUCCUUCCUCCCGGAAUUACUCGGUCACCUCAGGCAUCCUUUCCAGCAUCGACGAUGGGGCCGAGGAAGAAAGUGGCGUCGAUCCACAGAGGCCAGACACAGAGCGUGCGCAGAAAGCGAAGGGCUUGGAAUCUGAGGAGUCGCUGUGCUCCCCGCUGGAGAGGAAGGCGCCUGCAGAGGAGAGCAUUUCUGUUUGUUCUGCAGCUUAUACGAUAGAAAUGUUGGACACUGUUGCCUUAAACUUGCACAGAAUCGAUAAAGAUGUCCAAAGGUGCGAUCGAAAUUAUUGGUACUUUACUGCUGAAAACCUGGAGAAACUUCGGAACAUCAUGUGCAGUUAUGUUUGGGAACAUUUAGAUGUUGGUUACGUUCAAGGAAUGUGUGACCUUCUGGCUCCCCUGAUGGUUAUACUCGACAAGGAUGAACUGGCUUACAGCUGUUUCACUCACCUGAUGAAGAGAAUGAGCCAGAAUUUCCCCAAUGGGGGUGCCAUGGACACCCACUUUGCAAACAUGCGGUCGCUUAUCCAGAUUCUGGAUUCUGAGCUUUUUGAACUAAUGCAUCAGAAUGGGGAUUACACCCAUUUUUAUUUCUGCUACCGUUGGUUUCUGCUGGAUUUUAAACGAGAACUGUUGUACGAGGAUGUAUUUGCAGUGUGGGAAGUUAUUUGGUCAGCAAAGCACAUCUCUUCAGAACAUUUUGUCCUUUUCAUUGCCUUAGCACUGGUGGAGCUCUACCGAGAGAUUAUCCGUGAUAACAACAUGGACUUCACCGACAUCAUCAAGUUUUUUAAUGAAAUGGCAGAACAUCACAAUGCCCAGGAAAUCCUGCAAAUAGCUCGGGACUUAGUCUGCAGAGUUCAAACGCUCAUUGAGAACAAGUGAGCCUGGCUGCUGCGAGGCAGGAGAGCUGAGGGGGGUCACUCCAAAGCCUUUCUUGGACUAUUGAAAGGGAAAGCUGCGAGGGGGGCGGAGCGUCCGGGCCCUGCCCCUCCAUCUGGCAUUCCAACAGCAUCUUCCACGUAAUGUACUAAAUAUUCCAGAGAUUUCAAGAGACUUUUAAAUAACAGAUUUUUUCCUCCACUAUGAGAUGAAUUGUAAUGUCUUAGUCCACAUUCCAGAUUUGUAUUUCGGAGCCCAAAUUAUUCAUUCAGUUCAUUGAAUUUCUCCAGCUUCAGGAAGCAUCUACUGGCACCCAACCAUUACUUGUGGGGGUGUGGAGAAGAAAAAUGGUUUCUUCUGGGUACCUUUUGCUGUGCUGUCGUUUUGCAAAACAGUCUUGUCUGUCCGUUAUUCCACCUCUGAUGUGUGAACAUUUUAGCCCGCCUUUGGUUUACCACGUCCAGUUCCUGCCUUGGGAGAGGAGGGACUUCCUGCUGAAGGUGUGAGCAAGAAUUCUUUCAGAACUGUGCAAGUAUUACAGCUUGUGAGAGUGGGAGGUAAUCCAGAAGGAAAAAAGGUUUGCAGGAGAAGCAGCGCCGUCGUCUGGCUUCAGGGCUCCGAUAUCUUAGGAGAAAUGGAAGCCCUGGGAAUUUCCCCAAACUUUUCUGCACAAUCAUGAGGGCUAAAACUAUUUUAUUAUUUUAAAGAUGAGGAACAACAACAAAAAGGUUGUUGUGGAAGGGAGCUGCAAACUCUUAUAUCUGAUUUCAUGAUCACUUCUCAGUGGCCCCUGGGAAAUCUUGCAUCUGGAUCCCUCUGUGUCCAGUGGAAUUUUGGGUGUGUGGGUGUGUGGGUGUGUUUUAAUUAAUCUAUUUAUUUUUGGAAUGCAUGGAAGGCUUCUUCCGAAUGCCCUCAUCUUUGUACUUCUGGCAUGCCAGCUGGUUCUCAACUCCCCCGUUAUUUGAGGUUUUUCCCCACUUGUGCCAAGUCUGCAUCCCAACAGUUCUGCCAGCCCCCAGCCCGCCCAGGGAGAGAAAUGUGCGCUAUGAUGCUGUGUCUCAUUUUCAUGCAGUUGACAGGUGAGGUCUUAAAAUCUUGGGAUCCCAACUCCGGAGGGAUCCCUGUUUGAUUGUUUUUUAAAAAAACCCAACAAGCAAAUAUUUGCACACAACACAGCUAGCAGUGAUAGAUUGUACAGUUUGUGAGUUGACUAUAGACAUUGAAGGGACUGGGUCUCAGUAAUGCCCCAGUACAUCUUCAAGUAAGCCUCAUGUCCAGGCAAGGAUGCAUUCAUAAAAGCUAAUCAGCAUUUGUACAGUUGCUUCCCUAAUCUGUUCAGGGAUAGCUAUUGACUACAUAUUGAAUAUUGAAAACCCUACACGAGCGACCAGCUUCCAGAUAUAUUCUGGCUUCGAAAAUCUGCAAAGCUUUCUCUUGCUGCAAAAAUAUUCAAUAUUUAGACAAUGGCUAUCCCUAUACAGAUUAAGGAAGCAACUGUACAAGUGCUGAUUAGCUUUUAUGAAUGCAUCCUUGCCUGGACGUGAGACUAACUCGAAGAUGUACUGGGGGAUUACUGAGACCCAAUCCCUUCAAUGUCUAUACUGUAGAUUUAGUCAACUCACAAAUAGUAUCACUGUUAGCCACAUUGUGUGCAAAUAUUUGCUUGGUUGGUUAUUCUUGUUGCAACCCCCCCCCCCCCCCCCCCGUAUUGUAUACACUAACAACCCCCCCCCCCCAGAACACUGCACUACAUAUUGGGAGAAUGUAUUAUACGACACUUUACUAUGUGAAAAAACCCUCCACAAAGAAUUUAUCUGUGCAGAUUUUGUUGUACCUGUUCCUCUAACCGCCUGCCUAAUUGUAUUUUAUGAAUCUUGUGUAUUGCCUUAUUUAUUUAUUUAUUUAUUUAUUUAUGGUCAGGGACAGAAUAUUUUUCUUCACGGCUCAAGAGUUUAUCUUUGCAGUGCAAUGUACUGAUUAAAAAUAUAAAUAUAUAUAUAUGUA